AUGCUCCUGGCCAGGCUGAGGCCACCAAACUCAGGGCGCUUUUCCAGAGCUUGGAAACACAAAACAUCCCACGGCCACCAAACUCAGGGCGCUUUUCCAGAGCUUGGAAACACAAAACAUCCCACGGCCGGUGCCAGGGCGGUGCGGGACGAGGUGGCACCGGGAGAGAAAGCCGGGCUCGGGGCAGGAGCCACUGGCACCACACCGGGACCCUCGGGGAUGCUCCACGAGCCUCAGCUCCAGACCCCCCUCCCAAAGCCCCUCCUGCCCCCGGGAGCUGUUUGUGACCUCCCUCUGCAGCUUGGAUUCAUUUGGGGUUUGCUGCCGGGCCCUGGGCCAGGAGUUUCAGUGAACAACCCCCUCCUGCCUGAUCCAGGGGCUGGCAGCCAAGCCAGAGGCUCCUCCCUUUCCCCCCACCCCAAAAAAGCCAAAAGUAAAACCCCAGCACGGGGGGCGUUGUCCCUGUCCCUGUCCCUGUCCCUGUCCCCAACCCAGCCCAGGUCCUGCUGGUGCCCAGUGGACCCUCAGAAGCCACCAGGACACGUGGCUGGGACUGGGAUCACCAGUUUGGGACUGGGAUCACCAGUUUGGGACUGGGAUCACCAGCCUGGGACUGGGAUGCAGAAUCUGGGACUGGGAUCAGAGUUUGGGAUCAGGAUAAAGAAUCUGGGGCUGGGAUUACCAGUUUGGGACUGGGAUCACCAUUUGGGACUGGGAUCACAGUUUGGGAUCAGGAUGCAGAACUGGGAUCAGGAUGCAGAAUAUGGGACUGGGUUCACAGUUUGGGACUGGGUUCACAGUUUGGGAUCAGGAUGCAGAACCUGGGACCGGGAUGCAGAAUCUGGGACUGGGAUGAGAGUUUGGGAUCAGGAUGCAGAAUCUGGGACUGGGUUCACAGUUUGGGAUCAGGAUGCAGAACCUGGGACUGGGUUCACAGUUUGGGAUCAGGAUGCAGAACCUGGGACUGGGAUCAGAGUUUGGUACCAGGAGAGCCGUGGGCCAGUAGCCCACGGCACACUCCAUCCCUGGGCCAGCAGCCCCAGAUCCAGCCCGUGGAUCCUCCAUGGGAAGGGGAGUUUGUGCCACGGAGUUUCCCUGCAGUGCCCUGGGAAAGCUGGGCCGGGGAUGAAUGAGGGCUCUGUGCUGCAGCCCCAGCACGAGUUACCAGCAUUUUCCAGGCUACCGGCAUGGAACGGAGCAGGGAACGCGGCCGGGAGCUGGGACAGACACGGAGGGACAGCCCAGGGCAGGGUGGGGAGCCCCGCUUGGCACCUCCCAGACUCCUGA